UCCGACUUGACCUGCAGUCCCAGACGGCCGGUGUUUCUCCGACAGUCAAUCGUCAGAUGAAAUGGCAGGAUCCAACGGAGAACAGAAGGCGCAUUUUGUUCUAGUACACGGCGCAGGUCAUGGGGCUUGGUGCUGGUACAAGAUCAAACCGAAGCUCGAGUCCGGUGGUCACAGAGUCACGGCGCUGGACCUCGCAGCUUCGGGCAUCAACAUGAAGGCGAUACAAGAUGUUCACUCGCUGACUGAGUACUCUGAGCCUUUGUUAGAGUUGAUAGAAUCGCUCGGUCCGGAAGAAAAGGUGAUCCUCGUAGGACAUAGUCUCGGAGGCAUGAACUUGUCCCUUGCCAUGGAAAAGUUCCCACAUAAAAUUUCUGCCGCCGUUUUCGUGACUGCGUCUCUGCCCGACACAACUCACCAGCCGUCUUAUAUUAUGGAUCAGAUAAUGGAAAAGUUACCGGCAGACUCAUGGUUGGACACUCGCUUUGAGAAAUUUGGAAGCGCCGAACAACCCUUGACAUCGAUAUUAUUAGGUCCCAAGUUCUUACAAGAGAAGCUCUAUCAACUCAGCCCGAUCGAGGAUCUGGAACUUGCCAAGAGUUUAGUAAGGAAGUGUUUCUUCUUUCGUGAAGAAACGGCUAAGAUGAAGAAAUUCUCGAAUGAGGGAUACGGGUCAGUUACACGAGUUUAUGUGCUUUGCGACAAAGAUUUGAUAAAAUCUGAGGAAUUUCAACGACGGAUGAUUGCAAACAGCGGGGUUAAAAAUGUGGUGGAGAUUAAGGGUGCCGAUCAUAUGCCAAUGUUUUCGAAGCCUCAAGAACUAUCCAAUUCACUUAUGGAGAUUGCAAAAAAGUAUGCUUAAAAUAUAUCAGCGAGCCUACAUUUUAGGCCACUUGUUAGGAGAAUAAGUUUGGCCAUCAUGAAUGUAAACGUCGUGUUACUCCGUGAAUUUGCAGUUUGCACCAUGUUAAUCCUCGUAAUGUUUAAAUGUAUUUCAGUCGCUUUUUCCUCCGACAGCAGGAAAGAGUUUGUAUCAAUUCUAAAACUGAACAAAAGGAAUAAAUGGUGUUGAAUCCAA